AUUUCCUUGGUUUAACCAAAGGAGCACUAAAGUUGUGGGACAAUUAGGGUACAGGCUACAAAAAAACACCAUAAAUAUAAGAGCAGACUGCAGGCAGACCGCAGACCUCUCAUUUGAUAUAGUGUAGCAGCAGUCAAUAUAAGAGUUAGCAAUAGUAACAUCAAUCUCUUCUUGCAACUUUCUUUAUUCACAAGAACAGAUUCUGAUGAUCUGCCAAAAAAAAGAAACCAGCAUUAUACAGUACUUAUAUAUACUUUCUGCAAGAAAUCCAGUGAUAAAAUUAUAGAAAGUUUCAGUCCCACUACUAUAUUGUCUCAUCCCUUAAAAAAGAGAAGGAAGAUUAAGAUGAUGAUAUUAGAUGAUAGAAAUAAUAAGAGAUCUCCUUUCCCUUUCACAGCAAGUCAAUGGAAAGAGUUGGAACAGCAACUUCUUACAUUCAAAUACUUAAUAUCAGGUGUUCCAGUUCCACCUCAACUUUUCUCUAAUGUCAUCACUAACCCUUUUGCUUCCUCUUCUUCAACUCUCUUCCCUUAUCAACAAUCACUACCAUUUGGAUGGGGUUGUUUUCAAGUGGGAUAUGGAAGAAAAAUAGAUCCAGAACCAGGAAGAUGCAGAAGAACAGAUGGUAAAAAAUGGAGAUGUUCAAAAGAAGCAUUUCCAGAUUCCAAAUACUGUGAGAAACACAUGCAUAGAGGCAAAAACAAAACCAAAAAACACAUUCAAGUGUUUUCAACAACACCACCAAAAACAACAACAACUAACACCAUAAUUCCAACAACACCAUCUACAACAAAUAAACCUUAUUUAUCUUCCCCUGUUAUUUCUUCCUCUGUUUCUCCAUCUUAUAUUAACCAAUUACACUCUUAUGAUCAUACCACCUCUUUUUACCCUUUUCUCUCUCCUCAAUCAUCUUCAUUUUCAACUCAUUUUACUGAGUCAACUCAAAAUGUUACUGCCCCUCAUUGGCUUUUGGACACUCAGUUAUAUGAUGAUCAGCCUAAAAAAGACAUGAGGUCGAAGGAACGAGUUUGAGGUGAUACGAUUUAUUUGGAGUCACGUAGGUGGCAACUUCUAUAUAUGAGGAUAGUUGAUAAGAAGUUUGCUUUCAAAUUUUGUACGUAAGAUUGUCAAGGGAUCAACUCAACCAAAAGCUUAAGCUGAUGGUUGAGGCCCCAGGAAUAGAUCUAUACUCUAUCACGUCCCCUCACGCAAGAGCCCUUUGGGCUUGAAGUGUGGAUGCAGCACAGGUUUCCCUCAAACUUGAUGCGAAAUAUUCCACUGAGCAAGGAGGGGUGGACGAGAUUCGAACUCGUGACCUUUUUGUCACGCUGGCUCUGAUACCAUGUCAAGGGACCAACUCAACCAAAAGUUUAAGCUGAUGGUUGAGGCCCCAGGAAUAGUUCUAUACUCUAUGAUACCAUGUCAAGGGACCAACUCAACCAAAAGCUUAAGUUGAUGGUUGAGGCCCCAGGAAUAUAUCUAUACUCUAUCACGCCCUCUCACGCAAGAGCCCUUUGGGCUUGAUGCAGCACAGGUCUCCCUUAUACCUGACGCUAAAUAUUCCACUGAGAAAGGAGGGGUGGAUGAGAUUUGAACCCGUGACCUUUUCGUCACACUGGCUCUUGAUACCAUGUCAAAGGACCAACUCAACCAAAAGCUUAAGCUUUUGGUUGAGUUGGUCCUUUAACAAAAAUGAUACGAACUAAAUUAACUUCCUAUUAACAAUGUACCUUUUUUGUUGAAAAGUUUAACAUGUUUAGA